UCUUGGCACUUGCAUCAUGGCCCCACGACCCUCUUGGACAACCGGACCCUUUCACCUUGAUGUUCCCAAACCACUUCUCCCCUCGAAUGCAGUGAGCAACACUUUCGGGCAUUCUUCAAAUCUCAAAGCAGCAAUACCACGAUGUGUUCAACCGACAUUUUUCUUGGUCUCCUGGCCGUUCUCUUCCCGCCGCUCCCUGUUUGGGUGAAGCGCGGUAUUUGCUCCGCGGACUCAUUCAUCAACAUCCUUCUUUUUAUCCUGGGUUAUAUCCCGGGCCUCCUCCACUCCUGGUACAUCAUUGCGACGUACCCCGAACCGCCGUACGACUACGACUACGAGCACCUCCCAUCCGACGUCGAGCACGGCCGAAUCUACGUGUUCGUCCACAACGGCGGCCAUGGCCAGCCCGCGCAACCCGCGCCGCAAGGCCACAUGAACUACGGCUCGACCAACAACACCAACAAAACGCCCGCCGGAGGCUCCGCCGCUGCCGCGCCGCACCCGCACCACCCCCCGCAAGAGCAGGGUACCACCUCGGCUGCUGCCGGACCAAGCGAUGGCAACGCGCCCCCGCCAAGCUACGCACAGGUCGUGGCUGGGGAUCAUAAAGUGCAGACGCACGAUUAAAGUUCCGUAGUGGAGUGGCAGUGUUGUUGUUGCCGGUGCAGCCACAACAGCGGGAAGCCACGCGGCCUGAGUCAACACUCUGUGGUUGGUGGAAAUAGAGCGCAGGCGAUGUUGAGCUUGCGGCUCUCUUAGCGGCGAUGGGCUUUUUUAUGCGGGAUGGGUCAUUCGGGGCGGAUUGAUUGGGCUGUGCUAAGGUUAUCUGACUGGGCACGGGGUGUUUGCGUAUCGGAAUGAAGUUGGUGUUGGGUAAGGGGGGAAGGGAAGGCUGGCUUGCUAUUUGAUUGCCUGGACGCUGCCUUAGUUGGACGGGCUGAUGCUGAGCGACAAACUCCACACUCGUGUAUAUGAUCUGUCAGCUUGUUUCCCUAUAGGAAUAGCGAAUACAUUUGCUUACUUUACCC